AUGUCAUCUGAUACAUUAGUAGUAGAUUUCUUCGGUGAUGAAACCAUUGUUAUACCAUCAGAUGUAAACAAAAAUAUUAUCAAAAAUAUUCUGAUCAAAGAAGGCUUUACGAUUUUAAAUGGAAACCAGUUUUAUGGGUUUCCUGUAUUAAAUAACAUAAAGUCACCAAACAGUUUAGUAACUAUAAAUGAUAAUGGCUUUUCAUUAUCAUACUUACUAAAAUACUUAUUACUGCCGAAAAAUGUUAAAAAUAUUGCCACUACUAAUCCAUUCGAUUAUGGACUUAUUGAAUAUAUAGAUGUUGACCCAGAAAACCCUUAUUUCUCCUCUGUAGAUGGUGUUUUGUUUUCGAAAGAUAUGAAGAUUUUGUAUGAGUUCCCUAUCUGUAAAAAUGUUACUUCUUAUUUGAUUCCGAAUACUGUAUCUAGAGUAGCAUUUGGUGCAUUUAACCGUGCACGAUAUUUAAAAAAAAUAUAUAUCCCUGAUUCUGUAGUUGAUCUGAGUGCCCAAUUUUGCUUCGAUAAUCAUGAUACUUUGAACGAAGUAAUCGUAUAUAGAUAUUAUAAGCAAAAAGUUCCAUAUAUUGGAUCUCAAUCAUUCAUGCAUACUACGUUCCAAGAGUCAAAUAUCACAUAUAUUUACUCCAUAAAUGUAAUGAAAACUUGUACGUCAUGCUUUUCAUCAUUUUUGAAAAGCGUUCUUCUUUGCCUUUGGAUUUCGGAAUAA